AUGCUCUCCUCCGCCAUUUUCAAGUUCAUUGCCGUCAGCCUGGCUACCCAAGUCACUGCUUUUCCUGUCAAUAUCAAGGUUGAAGAGCGGGCUCAAAGUGUCAUCAUUGGCUACAGAACAGUCAGCGCGGAACAAGGUGCCAGGUACAACAAAGCUGGUACGCUCACCAACGACGGCAACCGUAUUGGGACUCAAAUUGGUGCUGGUGUUUACACCACGCCCGUUGCGGGCGGCUGGCCAGAUUCUGCAGCCCUCGACAAAGUCAACAAGGCUAGAAUCCCCCAAAGCCAUGCUAGCAAGAAACUUUGGUUCGCCGGCGACAAAGCCAUCGACGCCUACAUCAAGGCUGUCAUCCCAAAGGGCGACCCGAAAAAGACAAUUCGUAUCUCCACUAUUGAUGGGACUGCCGGCGAGCAACAGAUGGUUGUUCCUCCUGGUCUGCUCAAUUCUAACAAAGGCGGCCUUGGAAUUACAGCUUCAUGCAAGAAAACUCUGGCUGAGCUUCCGAGCACUGUCGUUAACUUCAGUACUUGGAGUAAAGUGUUUAGGUCUGCUUAA